AUGGUGCGUCUCAACAGUGUUCAAGCGAAAGCCCUUCGUCGCCUGCAAAACCAGGCGGGGGUUCAGCAACCUCCCAAAACCAAAUGGCCCAGCGUCGUUGGCAAGCCCGUGUACCUCCCUGAAUUCCGCGUCGCUCUCGUCCGAACCCCCAACCUCACCCCCCGAUAUGCUCAAUUCCGCGUCCCUCUCAACUUCAACAAGUUCGAUCUCCGCAGCUACCUAUGGCACUUGUAUGGAGUUGGAACCCUCAGCAUCCGUAGUUACGUCCAGGCACAACCGAUCACACGAAUCUCUCGCGAUAACAAGGGUUUCGGCCCGUGGCGCCGACCUAAGUCGCAGAAGCGCAUGACUGUUGAAUUGAAGGAACCCUUCGUGUACCCCCCGGAGCCGAAAGAUCUGACCCCCUGGGAGCAUGAAAGCUGGUCAAAGGCCGAGAAGUUCCAGAUCGACCUACAAGAAAAGGAGAACCCCAAGCCGAACAAGGGUGAACAACCCGAUCGCGAGUUGCGCGAGGCUUACAAGGAGCAGGCCAAGGCACUGCUCGAGAAGAAGGAGACUUGGAGACCGACCUGGAAGGCUCUGGGCUUGGAGCCACACCAGGCUGCUAAGAAUGGCGGGUUCGCCCCUGCUUCUACGCUGCCGGCUUGGUUUGCGAAGGGACGGAAGCACGGAGCGCGGUAA